CCUUUACCAACUAAGUAUUUCGAAUAGUACGCAAUGAGUAAUCAGGUUAUUGUUAAGAAUAUUUCUUUAGACGUUACUGAGAAGCAAAUCUCCGAUUUCUUUUCCUUCUGCGGAAAGGUUUCCAGCAUCUCAACUGCCAAAGAAGGAGAUACUCAAACUGCCAAUAUCCAAUUUGAACGCCCUAGCGCCACGAAGACUGCAUUGCUUUUGCAAGAUGCCCUCUUAGGACAAAACAAAAUCCAAAUAAGCAGUAGCGACGCCCCAGCUGCCGCUGGUAACGUCUUCGACAAGGGUGGUGCUGGUGGAGAUCAAGCUACUAGCCAAGAAGAUAAGCCUCGUUCUGCGAUUAUUUCUGAACUUUUAAGUCGUGGAUACCAUCUGAGCGAUGUUACUUUGGAGAAAGGUAUACAAUUAGAUCAAAGCCUUGGUGUUUCGUCCAGAUUCAAAGGUGUUCUUGAAAGCGCGUUGUCUAGUGUUCGUUCCAUGAAUGAGCGCUACCACGUCAGUGAGAAAGCUAAUGAAGUUGAUAACAAGCUCUCUAUCAGUGAUACCUUUAACCGUACUACUUCUCUAGUCGGCAACUAUUUCAAUAAAGCUUAUGAAACUGCUGCCGGCACAUCAGCUGGUCAAAAGGUUUCUAGUGCUUACGGCUCUGGUAAAAGCCAGUUGUUUGGAAUUCACAGUCAAGCUCGCAAACUUGCUGACUCCAAGAGCCAUGCUCAAAAUGCUACUACCGGGCAUACUGAAGCUACACCUGCCGCUCCUACCGAUCCCUCCGUAGACACUAAGCCUUCCGAGUAAGCUGUAGAAACAAGAUCAAACCAAAAUAUCUUGUUCUUCUAAUUAUCUUGGCUUUUUGAUCUUUACGUUAUGGGAUACGUGGCUUCACGUUCAGACAUAUUGAGAAUAUGGUAUUUCGAUCUUGGUGAAGGCCUUUCGAAAUUAAUAUUUAAUGAUUAUGAAUACCUGUGAUAUAUUGAAAAGAGAAUUUAAUAUAUAAACUUGAUGUUCUGUUAGUACAAAGAAGAUUUCUUUUACAUGUUAAGAUGAAUUAAUUUGUUAAAUUUAGUCUCAAAGCAUAGGUUUUGCGUAAACAUAUAAUCAUAGUCGAACUCAAAAUCUACAGUAAAUAUUUAUUGCUUUUCCAACCGAUUAACGAUUCCAGGGUCCUCAACAACCUCAGAUUUAAUGACUCAGAUGCCUUCUUUAGAAAACCGAAUUGAAUGAUCAGAGGUUGUACAUUUUACAUGCAACUUAAUGUCUUACUCAAAGGAAACUUUAUAAAAAAAAACAAAGAUUGUUAAUCCUCCUUUUCGUUGAUCCGACCGUUCCUGGCUUGAUCAUCAAUCAACACCCAUUGAGCUUUCAUAUCAGGAUAAGUAAGAAAAUAAACCUUUCUAUACGUUUUCUUCCUAUCUAACUGCAUCUUUCAGGUUUACCGUCGAAGCGAUUCAGUUAUUAAAAUUCAGGUAUUUUGGUGAGCUAUUAGAUCCAACCUGUUACCUUCUUAUAUAUCUCUGUCCUAGCCAUAUAAUUCACUUUGUCACAUAUUAUUGCUCGUACUUUAUUAAGCCUUCAUUAUUGAAGGUGUAAUGCCUAAAUGAAAAGUCAUUAUUCUAUUCAUCAACGUUUAUGUCAUGUUUGUUUCUUGAGAAAGUAAAACAAACAAGUAUUCAGAGGAUAUACGGCACUCCCAAAAACCAGUCUGAAUAGAGGAUCAUAGCACUAAAUUAUUUUUUCACCUGUCAUCGUCGCUUUUCACUGAACAGUCUCUGACAAAACGUUGCAACUCUAUAUAAGAAAACGUUCAACUUUGAUUUUGUAUAUUUCAUGUUCUUAGGAUCCUAUGAAUAGCCUAUUUCAAGCCUUCCAAGUACUUUAAUAGGAAGGUUUUGCUAGAAAAACUCAAAAUCGAUAAAAAGAAAAAGAACGGAAUUCACCCUC